CCGGGGCGCGCGGCUCGGGCCCCAGGGCGGCUGCGCCCCGCCGGCCGCCGACAACCGGCUCAAGACCACCAAGUACACGCUGCUGUCCUUCGUGCCCAAGAACCUGUUCGAGCAGUUCCACCGCCUGGCCAACGUGUACUUCGUGCUCAUCGCGCUGCUCAACUUCGCGCCCGCCGUGAGCGCCUUCCAGCCGGGGCUGGCGCUGGCGCCCGUGCUCUUCAUCCUGGCGGUGACGGCGCUCAAGGACCUGUGGGAGGACUACAGCCGCCGCCGCUCGGACCUGGCCAUCAACCACCGCGGCUGCCUGGUCUUCAGCCGGGAAGAGAAGAAGUACGUGCACCGGUUCUGGAAGGAAAUCCACGUGGGGGACUUCGUGCACCUCCGCUGCAACGAGAUCAUCCCUGCGGACAUCCUGCUGCUGUCCUCCAGCGACCCCGACGGGCUCUGCCACAUCGAGACCGCCAACCUGGACGGGGAGACCAACCUGAAGCGGCGCCAGGUGGUCCGCGGGUUCUCGGAGCUUGUCUCUGAAUUCAACCCUUUGACAUUCACCAGCGUGAUUGAAUGUGAGAAGCCGAACAAUGACCUGAGUCGGUUUCGUGGUUGCAUCAUCCACAGCAGCGGACAGAGGGCCGGGCUGCACAAGGAGAACCUGCUGCUGCGCGGCUGCACCAUCAGGAACACAGAGGCUGUGGUUGGCAUCGUCAUCUAUGCAGGACAUGAAACCAAGGCUCUGCUGAACAACAGCGGGCCCCGCUACAAGCGCAGCCAGCUUGAGAGGCAGAUGAACUGCGACGUGCUCUGGUGUGUCCUUCUCCUCAUUUGUAUGUCUCUGUUUUCAGCGGUCGGACACGGACUGUGGGUGCGGCGCUACCAAGAAAAGAAAGCACUGUUCGACGUCCCCGAGUCUGACGGCAGCUCCUUGUCACCGGUCACAGCUGCAGUGUACUCAUUCCUGACAAUGAUAAUAGUCCUGCAGGUUUUGAUCCCAAUUUCCUUGUACGUCUCCAUUGAGAUCGUCAAAGUGUGCCAAGUGUACUUCAUUAACCAGGACAUAGACUUGUACGAUGAGGAGACAGACUCCCAGCUGCAGUGCCGAGCUCUGAACAUCACGGAGGACCUCGGGCAGAUUCAGUACAUCUUCUCGGAUAAAACCGGCACUUUAACCGAGAACAAGAUGGUUUUCCGAAGGUGCACUGUGUCCGGGGUGGAAUAUUCUCACGAUGCCAAUGCCCAGCGUCUGGCCAGGUACCAGGAAGCGGACUCGGAGGAGGAGGAGGUGGUGCCCAAGGGGGGAUCGUGGUCUCAGCGCGGCAGCAUCGGAAGCCACCAGAGCGUUCGGAUCGUGCACCGGACCCAGAGCACCAAGUCCCAGCGGCGUUCGGGCAGCCGGGCCGAGGCCAAGAGGGCCAGCAUGCUGUCCAGGCACACGGCCUUCAGCAGCCCCAUGGAGAAAGACAUCACGCCCGACCCGAAACUGCUGGAAAAGGUCAGCGAGUGUGACAGGUGCCUGGCACUCUCGAGGCAUCAGGAGCAGCCCCUGGCCCACCUCUCGCCUGAGCUGUCAGACGUCUUCGAUUUCUUCAUCGCACUCACUGUCUGCAACGCAGUGGUGGUCACGUCCCCUGACCAGCCGCGACAAAAGGUGAGGGUGAGGUUCGAGCUCAAGUCCCCGGUGAAGACCAUAGAAGACUUCCUUCGGAGGUUCACGCCCAGCCGCCUGACCUCCGUGUGCAGCAGCACCGGCGGCCUGGCCGCCAGCAAGCCCAGCCACAAGUCGGGGCCCAGCUUCCUGUCCAGCCUCUCCAGCGACAGCGUGUUUCUCAAGCUGGAGGAGAGGCUCAGCCAGCCCACUCCGUCCAUCGCCAGCAACGGCUACAGCAGCCAGGCUGAGAGCUGGGCCCCGGAGCAGAAGCCGGAGCCAGGCCAGGAGCGGGAGCUGCGGUACGAGGCCGAGAGCCCCGAUGAGGCGGCGCUGGUCUACGCCGCCAGGGCCUACAGCUGUGCGCUGGUGGACCGGCUCCCUGACCAGGUGUCCGUGGAGCUGCCCCACCUGGGCAGGCUCACCUUUGAGCUGCUGCACACGCUGGGCUUCGACUCCAUCCGCAAGAGGAUGUCCGUGGUGAUCCGACACCCACUCACCGAUGAGAUCAACGUCUACACCAAGGGUGCUGACUCGGUGGUCAUGGACCUGCUGCUGCCCUGUUCCUCAGAGGAGGCCAGAGGGCGGCACCAGAAGAAGAUCCGCAGCAAGACGCAGAGCUUCCUCAACCUGUACGCCAUGGAGGGCCUGCGCACGCUGUGCAUUGCCAAGCGGGUCCUGAGCAAAGAGGAAUACGCCUGCUGGCUGCAAGGCCACUUGGAAGCAGAGUCGUCCCUGGACAACCGCGAGGAGCUCCUCUUCCAGUCCGCCCUGCGCCUGGAGACCAACCUGCACUUGCUGGGUGCCACUGGGAUUGAAGACCGCUUGCAGGACGGAGUCCCUGAAACCAUCUCUAAACUGCGACAGGCAGGCCUGCAGAUCUGGGUUCUCACUGGUGACAAACAAGAGACAGCUGUGAACAUCGCCCAUGCCUGCAAACUGCUGGACCAUGACGAGGAAAUCAUCACCCUGAACGCGGAGUCCCCGGAAGCAUGCGCAGCCCUGCUCGAACAGUGCCUACAAUACGCACAGUCCAGGGCCCCCCACAGCACCCCUGAGAAGACCGAAGGCAACGUCAGCGUGGGGCUCUUCCCUCUCUGCUCGGCCUCCAAGUCCCCUGUCUCGGGCCCCAGCCUGAGCCUCGUGAUCGACGGGAGGAGCCUGGCCUACGCCCUGGAGAAGAACCUGGAGGACAAAUUCCUCUUCCUCGCCAAGCAGUGCCGCUCCGUGCUCUGCUGUCGCUCGACCCCGCUGCAAAAGAGCAUGGUGGUGAAGCUGGUCCGGAGCAAGCUCAAAGCCAUGACCCUGGCCAUAGGUGAUGGAGCCAACGAUGUCAGCAUGAUCCAGGUGGCAGAUGUAGGCGUCGGCAUCUCUGGCCAAGAGGGCAUGCAGGCAGUGAUGGCCAGCGAUUUCGCAGUGCCGAAAUUCCGGUACCUGGAAAGACUCCUAAUCGUCCACGGACAUUGGUGCUACUCACGACUAGCCAAUAUGGUGCUCUACUUCUUCUACAAAAAUACCAUGUUCGUGGGCCUCCUGUUCUGGUUCCAGUUUUACUGUGGCUUCUCGGCGUCCGCCAUGAUUGAUCAGUGGUAUUUGAUCUUCUUCAACCUGCUCUUCUCAUCGCUUCCCCAGCUCGUGACUGGGGUGCUAGACAAGGACGUGUCGGCAGAUGUGCUGCUGCUGGAGCCGCAGCUCUACAAGAGUGGCCAGAAGAUGGAGGAAUACCGGCCGCGCGCUUUCUGGUUAAACAUGGUCGACGCUGCCUUCCAGAGCUUGAUUUGCUUUUUCAUUCCUUACCUGGCCUACUAUGACUCCGACGUGGACGUGUUCACCUGGGGCACCCCCAUCACAGCCAUCGCACUGCUCACCUUCCUCCUGCACCUGGGUAUUGAAACCAAAACCUGGACCUGGCUCAACUGGAUGGCGUGUGGCUUCAGUAUCCUUUUAUUCUUGGUGGUGGCUUUGAUCUAUAAUUCUGCCUGUUCAACCUGCUAUCCUCCAUCUAACCCUUACUGGACCAUGCAGACGUUACUGGGAGACCCUGUGUUUUACUUGAUCUGCCUCGUAACACCUGUCACUGCACUGCUGCCCAGAUUAUUCUUCAAAGCCCUCCAGGGAAGCCUGUUCCCUACCCAGCUGCAGCUGGGACGCCAGUUGGCCAAGAAAUGCCACAAGUCACCCAAGACUCCCAAAGACACCUUUGCUCAGGGACACCUGCCAAGAGAGCCAAAGACUGAGCUCUCCCGAGGGAGCACUGGGAACCCCUCCGAGUCCCCCUCUAGGGACUGUGCCUUGCACACCUCCCCGCACAUGCAGCAGCCACCAGCCUGCUCUCCCAAGGCCAGCGGGGAGCCCAGCGCUGUGGACACAAGCAUGCCGCUCAGAGAGAACAACCUUCUGGAGUCCCCGGGGUCUUCCACGGCGGGGGAGGCUGUGUCAGGAGAGUGUCCCAGGGAUCACCAGAGGAAGCGGCUCGGCACGAGCCAGGCGGUGCCUCUGUCGUCCCUCUUCAGCCUACCCAACCUCAGCUCGCUUGGCUGUGUGUCCUCCCUGUCGCUGGUCAGCGGGCUGGGCAGUGUCCUGCGGUUCUCCAGAAGUAGUUUACAUGUGGACAAGAGGGACAGUGAGUUCCUGUCCAAUCCCCCGCAGCCAGAGCCGGACCUGUCCGGCUUGCAGAGACAGACUGCAGAGUACCUCUAGAUCACCCGAAGGGACGACGGGCCGGCAGCCUCUGUGGAAACCUUAAAAUGUCCUUUUUUAUAUGUAUAACAUAGAUGUUAAUAUUUAUGUUUAUUAUUUGCACAGAAGAGUUCUAGGGAGAUAUAUUUUUAAAUGUUUCCAGGCUAACACAGGAAAUGAGAGGUACCCCCAGAAAGUUUAUUUUUUAAAGUUCUAAGUAAAGUAUGUUGAUAAAGAAAAAUAAGAGCUGUAACGUAUAUAUGUGUAUGUAUAUAUAAAGUUUAAGGAAGAGGGACACUUGAAAAGUGUGUUUAAAUUUAUUUUUUCAUCUCAUUUUGUAAGAAAAAGAAAUAUGACUUCUUUCUUCAAGACCCAUGACUCUGCUUUCUCUGAGAAAAAAUCCAUGAUUAUGCGCAGUGAACCCGAGUGGGUGCGGGUGCGGAGGAGCCAUGGAGCCGUGCAGGGCAGACGGCGUGUGGCCCCCAAGGCAGACCCUCCACCAGUUUGGGCUGGGGCUGUUGGCCUGCUCCUCUUCACCCAGGAAAGGGGAAGUGAAACCUCAAGGAAAACGGAUGCAUGAAUUUCAUUCCAGCACUCAGUUCCACGCAGGCAUUCCUUUCACAAAGAUCACUUCGUAGGUAUGACAGCCCCGCCGGUUAGUAUUUUGCCUGUUAGACUCAUCAUAAGCAAUAAACAGCUUCACUUUGUAAAGAG